CAUGAUUACUUCAUAGAGGAUGUUACGGUAAAUUUUCCAAUUCAUUUGUUUGUUUGUUUAUUUUAUUUUACUCGGAUGUUUCCACACAACCACACACCAAUAUCAAACAACAACGAAAAUCGUAUUGAAAAUUUGAACAAUUAAGAGAAAAAUAUCAAUGGCCACAUUUACCAUAUUGAAUCCAAGUCAAAUUAAUGCCGAUGAUUCAUCCGAUGAUGAUGAUGAUGAUUAUGGUGCCAGUGAUUUUAUCAUGUAUAAAGAUCGUCAAGAAUGGUCAGAUGUUAUACCAUUGAAACAGAAUGAUGGCCAUCAUCCAAUUGUAUCGAUUAGUUAUUUACCACAAUAUGAAGAUACUUUCAAUUAUUUUCGUGCCAUAAUGGCUAUGGAAGAGAUUAGUGAACGUGCAUUACAACUUACUAAUGAUUGUGUUCGUUUCAAUGCAACCAAUUAUACUGUAUGGCAUUAUCGUCGUGUAUUGUUGGAACGAUUGGAAAAAAAUCUAAUCGAUGAAUUGAAUUAUAUUCAUGGCAUUAUAAUGAAGAAUCCAAAAAAUUAUCAAGUUUGGGAACAUGAAAAAUUUUUGCUACGAAAAAUUCGUGAAAAAAUCGAACACAAUGAAUUCGAUGGAAAACUGACGGUGGAAGAUGUUGGUGAAAAAUUCAAACAAUUUAUCCAUAAAAUUCUUCAUAAUAAUGAUUCAAAAAAUUAUCAUGCAUGGCAACAACGACAAUGGUUCAUACGUGAUUGGCAACAAUUUGAUGGUGAAUUAGAAUUCACUGAUCAAAUGAUUGAUCAUGAUAUAAGAAAUAAUUCAGCAUGGAAUCAUCGAUUUUUUGUCAUCAAAUAUACAACCGGUUUUUCAUCCAAUGUGAUUGAACGUGAAUGUCGUUAUACAAUGGAAAAAAAUCAUUUAGCACCGAAUAAUGAAUCUAGUUGGAAUUAUUUACUUGGCAUUAUGAAACAAUCUGAUUGGAAAAUUGAUUCAUUCGAAUGGAUUUGGAAUGAAUGUCAAACAUUGUACAACGAUGACAACAACAACAACAACAACAAUGAUGAUGGUGAUGAAACCGUUAACGAUUCAAAAACAAAACAACGUUCACCACAUUUAGUUUAUUUCAUGUUUCGUUAUAUUUCAAUGAAAUUAGAAUCAUUAAUCGAAAAUGAUUCUGAUGGUGAUACAACAAUGAAAUCAAUGUAUUCAGAAGCGGAAAAAUAUUGUAAAGAAUUGGCCGAAUCAAUCGAUACCAUACGAAAACAUUAUUGGAAUUAUCAAUUGCAGCAAUUGCAAAAAUUCUAUGGAUCAUAAAAACAUUCUCUCUCAAAAAAAAACAUUGUUUUUCAAUUUACAUUUUUGAUGAGAUUUUCUUUUUCUUACUGAUGAAUAAAAAAAAAAUUCCAAACACAACAAUCCGAUUAAAACAUUCAAUUCUAAUAA